GGGGCUGCUUUCGGACAUCCCUCUCUCUCUUCCCAUUCCCUCCCCCUCUCUCUCUCUCUCUCUCUAGGUUCCUUCUUUCUCAUCCCUGACCAACCCAUUAUUAUAAGUAGAAGGAUUGGUCAUUUUUCGAGUUGAAUGUAUAUAUUGUAAUACAGAUUAUGCAGCUUAUUCACAAAUAUUGGGAUUGAGGCGUGUACAAGAGAGGAGAAGUGAUUCCUGUAACACACAGCUUCAAAUUUGGUGGUUUGAUUCUUGUGGGUCUUUUGCAAAUAAGAGCUUCAUGUGUACGUUACCAGGAGCGAAAACGAUUUUGAUUUCUCGCAAUUCUUGCAGAAGAGAAGAGCACGAAUAAGAGAAAUGCCCGGUGAGGAAUCUCCACUGAUUGCCAACGAAGUUUCUCCAGUGCCACCUCCAUUGCCAACAAGAAGUUGUCGUCCAAGAGGUUUAGCAGUGAAUGAAAUACCUGUUAGAGGAUACAGCUGCGUCUCUACUGCUACAAGGGACUUAUGGGAAUGUCUCUUUAAUGAUGGUUACAGAGCAGAUGUUUCCAUCAACACUGAAGACGGUGGGAUCAUCUAUGCCCAUGCUAGUAUCCUGGGUGUGACCUCUCCAGUUUUGAAAGGCAUGCUGAAAAAAUCAAGAAGACAUGGUCGUCGACGAUCAAUCUCGAUUCGUGGAGUUCCACAUGAUGCUGUUCAAGUUUUCAUACGGUUUUUAUACUCUUCCAGCUAUGAGCCAGCAGAACUGCAGAAAUAUGUCUUGCACUUGUUGGCUCUUUCACACGCUUAUGUGGUCCCCCACUUGAAGAGACUGUGUGAAUGGCGGUUAGAGCAUGGAUUACUAACCAUAGAGAACGUGAUCGAUACCUUCCAGCUUGCGCUACUGUGUGAUGCCCCUCGACUCGGCCUCAUUUGCCACCGUUUGAUUCUAAAGAACUUCAUUUGCAUUUCUACCACGGAAGGAUGGAAAAUCAUGCAACAGAGCCAUCCAAUGCUAGAGAAGGAAAUCCUGGAAUCCUUAGUUGAAGCAGAAACUAGGCGAAAGGAGAGGGCAAGGAAGUUGAAUGAGAGGAAAGUAUAUUUACAGCUAUACGAGGCAAUGGAAGCUCUUGUGCAUAUAUGCAGGGAUGGUUGUAGGACAAUCGGUCCACACGAUAAGGUUUUGAAAGUGGAUCAGGGUCCUUGCAAUUACGAGUCUUGUAAGGCACUAGAGUUGCUAGUCCGCCACUUCGCCGGUUGCAAGAUGAGAGUCCCCGGUGGUUGCAGUCACUGCAAGAGAAUGUGGCAGCUCUUGGAGUUGCACUCCCAUCUUUGCCCUGAUUCAGAUGUCUGCAGGGUUCCUUUAUGCAGGAACUUCAAGCGAUGGAGGAUGAAGAAAGAGAAGAAGGAGGACAUUAAAUGGAGAAUAUUGGUGAGAAAGGUCCUGAGAGCAAAGAGCAUUACGGGUGCCCCAUUCUUUUCUUUUGAAUCUGUAGAACCACCUUUCAAAAAUAAAAUAAAAUCUGUAUAACCACAAAUAAGCCCAAUAUUUUCUCAAGGGUUCUGCUUUUUAUUGUGAAAUUUGUUGUAAUUAAAUUGUACUCUUAAGUAUUAUUAUUCUUCUAAAUGACUGUGAUUCAUGUGAUUUAUCUGGAAGUUUUGAAGCCCA